CGACAGAGGGGUUGCACGACUCCUCUAUGCUCUCCUCCAUUCCGUCUCGGAUGUGGAUGUCAUGCCACCGGAUUUUCUCCAUUUAUCAGCUGUUUGCAUUCCUGUGACAAGCGCGCCAGGGUUAUUUUAAGGGUAGGAGAUCCCUCUCGUCGGCGACAUUACAGAUGGAGAGAGAUCUCCAUUAGCCCCAUCAACUACUUUCAGUCGCAUCAAGAUUGAGCAAAUCAGUGGCAUUGACCUUUAGGAGCAGUGAUGGCAACUUGCAGUACCUUUCACUCUAAUUGGAUAGACUUGUAGCAUGCGUUCCCUACGUAAGACUGUGCUGUUAGCUCUGGUAGCAUCAGUGGUGCUGGUUUUGGCUGUACUACACUCCUGGCCCACUCGGGUCUACAGCACUGUGGAUGUCAGGUACAGACCAGGCCCUGGAGCUGAACGGCUGCUGGAGGAGAGGCUUCCGGAGCCGGAUCCGAGUGCAAGCACCAUCCCUUAUCAUGUGAGGGAGAGUGUGGCCAGGCUCCUAGCUCGUAAUGGGUGUGUGUGUGAAGGAGAGAGUAGAGGGGUCAACUUGCCCUUUGCCCAACUGUUGUUCCCUCGAGUGUCUGCCCACCCCCUGCACACUGCCUUUCAGGCCUCCCAGCUCCAUGAGAUGAAGAGACGGCGCGCCAAAGAGUACCAGAGCUUCCAAAUGAGGUCGCAGACUCCAGCUGAUCUGCUGGUUGUAGCUGAAGCUAACAGCCCCCUGCAGUACCCAACACAAGGUGUGGAGGUUCGGCCACUUAAAACUAUCCUUAUACCAGGUUUGGCCUUAAAAGAGCUACCCAGAGGUGUCCAUACUGAAUUCCAACAAUUCGAACGUUAUUCCUGCGGCUUCUAUUCUCAAGAUCUUCAAGCUUUUCAAGGAGAUGUUCCAAAUCAACGGCAUCCAAAUCGAGUCCCCAGUCUCAGGCCUUUAGGGGGCUUUCAUCCUGAACACCUGAACUUCUCAGCAUCUCUGGGCACAUUUAAUGUGGCAGCGGAGGUGGAGGGGGUAAAGGUCAGAGGUGAUGGCGAGAUGCACAUGACCCUGAGCAGCAGCCUUUUACCCAGUCUAAAUCGGCAGCUCCAGUUCAUCACCUAUACUAACACUCUGUUCCACCCCAGCACUGCUGAAACAGUGCAGUUAGAAACAGAAGGACAUCAAGCUCUUUUCACCAUCAAGAUCCGUCAUGGAGUAACACCCAAACUCUACAAUACAGGGUCUGAUGCAGAUAAAGAGUACAACAUUAGCGCUCUCGUGACCAUAGCAACUAAAACCUUUCUGCGCUAUGACAAGCUCCAGGAUUUAAUUGACAGCAUACGACGGUACUACCCAACUGUCACAAUAGUGAUAGCAGAUGACAGUGAACACCCGAAAACGGUGUCGGGCCCAUAUAUUGAACAUUACAUCAUGCCCUUUGGAAAGGGCUGGUUUGCUGGUCGUAAUCUAGCUGUGUCACAGGUUACCACCAAGUAUGUGCUGUGGGUGGACGAUGACUUUAUCUUCACUGCCAGCACAAAGCUGGAGAAGCUGGUGGAUGUGCUGGAGAAAACCACACUUGACCUGGUCGGAGGAGCAGUACGAGAAGCUACAGGUUACACUGCCACCUACAGGCAGACCAUCUCAAUUGAAGCAGGAGAGGAAGAUGGGGACUGUCUGCACAUGCGGCGUGGCUUCCACCACAUCAUCCAGGGCUUUCCUCACUGCGUGAUUACUGAUGGAGUAAUCAAUUUCUUCCUUGCCAGGACAGAUAAGGUGCAGCAGGUUGGCUUUGACCCUCGGCUAGCCCGUGUUGCACAUCUGGAGUUUUUCAUUGAUGGGCUUGGCUCCCUGCAUGUUGGAUCAUGCGAUGAUGUCAUCGUGAACCACGCCACUAAGAUCAAGCUUCCAUGGGGCCAGUCGGAAAGUGACAAAACAUAUGCGAAGUUCCGUUACCCUCCUGCUUCAUCUGAUGCGACGCACACCAAAAAUGGCCUCUUGUACUUCAAAAACCGCUUCCAGUGUCUAACACACAACUGAACAAAACUUGACUGUGCCCUCUGUCCCUUACUCUCAUUCUCCCUCAGAUGAACACUCUCUCCCUGAGUAGCUAAUAGGGCCUGUGAAAAGACUUGUGGUGUGGUGCAUAUGUACUCUGUGUAGUUCCAUGUGAAUUAGGGAGAGUUCAAAUAGAUAUCUUCUUUUGGAAGGGAUAAUGUGAUCAAACAUGACUGACAGAUGAGAUGCGCAGUGAUGGCUAAUUAACAUUUUUUGAUAACUGAAGAAGUGGUCGUAUUUUUUUGUCUUUUUCCUUAAGCUUUAUUUUGGUUCAGAAGAAUUCUUUAGAUACAGAUCAAACCAUUCCGUAAAUUAUGCAUAUCAAUCCAGCCAUUAUUUUCUCCUCAGCCAAUAAUGUUUAAAUAUCACAUUUAACUGAUGGGACUACAGAAAAAACUUUCUUUUGAAACUGAAGAACAAAGAGAAGACUGUGGAGGUAAAUGUUUUGAACCAUGACUUUUACAUUUUUAAAUCCAGUUCAAAGGAAGAUACCUUCUUAGGGACAUUCACAUGGAAUGUCUCAUCAGCUCCCUGCCUGGCAUUAACUGUGUGUACAUGUGUAUGUGUGUCUGUUUCAUUGAGGGUCAUCUCUCUGUAUAUUUGCACUAAAACAAAUGGACUUAAAAUUGGAGAGACUGGAACCUCAGCUUCACUAAAAGAAGGACCAGACUUAAUAUCAUAAGCAAACUUAAACCACAGACAAUCCAACAUAUCACACUAUCUCUCUCUCUCUCUCUCUCUCUCUCUCUCUCUCUCUCUAAUACAUAGUUACAAAUAUUUCUAACAAUCUUAGUUUGAUAUUUUUCAUUUCUAAAGAGUGACUGUGCCAAAGGCUUAAUCACUGUCCUGGUAUGACUUACUUUUUUUAUUUAUUUUUUUUAUGUUAGUUUCAUCAAUUCUGGGGUCUCAUUUUGAUUGCAUCCCUUACCAAACCCACUGUGCAUGCAGCCUGGUUUCAAUAGCAGUAGAGUUGUCUGAUCUGUGAUUCAGCAAUAUUAAUUCAAAAUCCACUUCUGCUAUAUCUUUUACAAAGCGUUUUUUUCCGGAUUUUGUUAAAGUCACCAAUCAUGAGUGGAAACUAAUUAAAGUCCAAUGGCACUUACCAUAAAGUCAUUUUGUGUGUGUGUGUGUGUGUGUGUGUGUGUGCUUGAGCUGGGUUUUUCAUUUAAAGUCAAUGGACCUUUUGCUAUCAAGAAUGGCAAAGAUCAUUAACUAACCAAAAUCAACACUUUUUUAAUGAAACAUUUCAGGGUAAAUUGCGUAGAUAAAGAUUUUCCUUUAAUACUCUAUUCUGCAUGGUAAUAAUAAUAGUAAAGUCAUCAAAGGUUUGAAAUACAAACGGAAGAAUUGAAAUUAUUCAGUGACCAAAAAACAAAUAAACAAUUAAUAUACAGGAAAAAAAGAUAAACAAAUGAAAACUGUUUAUUUAGUUUAUAUAUUUUAGAUAUUUAUAAGUAGCCACCCUUUGCCUAGUAUGCUAAGUGCAUUUUGGCAAAACAUUUUAAGUGCAAAAACAUUUUUAACAUCCAAGAAUAAGCCUUUUGAUCAAAAGGCCUUUAUGAUCAUAAAACACAUUGGAAAGUGUGUCCAAACAUUUAACUGGCCCUGAAAAUUAAGAAAUUGCCUUUACAGACUAUAUGCAGCCUUCUUCUGAAGAGUUAAAGCAUGUAAGAAACAGAUGUAAUUGCUCUCUAUUUCAAUGUACUGUAUUCUUGCACAUAAUUUUAGUUGUAUCAUACAAUGUUUGUUUGCAUAUUGUUUGGGUGUAUUUAAGAGAGAGAGAGAGAGAGAGAGAGAGAGAGAGAGAUAAGAAGAGGUUUUAAAAGACACUGAGUGGGCCUUUUGUUGCUCCUAAACAGCACGAAGCCCGUAAGACCGUUUCCUGCAUUACACAUCGAACCACACAUUCUGCAAAUUAUGUUGAACAUUAUAGACUUGUCAAAGAUUUUACUUUUGUGUCUGAGUGUGUGUUUGUAUGUGUGAUUGUUCUCUUCACUUUUCUGUUAUAACCUGACUAAAAAUUGUGCCAUACAAGAGUAAAAAAAUUGCAUGGCUGUCCAUAAAGCCUUAAAAGAGAUUAAGGAAAUAAGAAUAAGAAUUCAAUGUGACAAAACAAAUGAGAGAAUCAGUUGUAAUGAAAGAAUUAAAUGAGUAUACAGUUUAAAUGUAACAAAAAAAGGUGCAUUUAUGAAAAGAAAAUGCAUUAAAUACAAAUGCUUGUGCACUUUUGUAUUCUGAAUGCCAUGUGGAUCCCCUCAAAACGCAGAAAGAAUGGUACAAAUUUUUUUAGCAUUAAUUCAUUCACUGAGCUUGUUUUCUUCCUAAAAAAAAGUCAAAUACUGGGGAAUGCAGCCUUACAAUACUAAGAGCUGCAAAGAUGAUGUUCAUAGAAUGCUUCAGUAUACCUGCCCUGUAUAUUCAGGUGAUAAGCAUGUACGGUCACAAGCACAGGAGCUUAUGUGAUUCUUUUGUUUCAGUUUAGCUUAAUUUGAUGGGGGUGGGAACUUGAACAGAUGAUACACUGCAAGAUAUACAGUAAUUGUCUUAAGUAUUUUUGUCUUGUUUUACAGUAAAAGUAACUUUACAUCCUUACAAGAUAAAUUUAUUAGCAGAUUAUAAGACUUGCUUUGAGAGAGUAUAUCUUGAAUUAAAUUUCUUUUUCUUACCCCAGUGCAUUGCUAAAAAACAAACAAAAACAAAACAAACUUUAUUGUCUUAAGCAUACACCUCACUAAAUUUUGUUACAUUUUUACGUAAAAAACAAACAAACAUUACUCAGGUAAAUUGAUGUUGUUUUAAGGAUGUUUAGAUAUUUUCACUGGGGUAAAAAGAAAAAAGAAAAAAAAAAGUAGUAUAGUGUAGUGUAUAGUGCAGUGUAUAGUGAGCUAAGUAUCUAAAAAGACACUUAGGCUGUGUAUUAAAUUAUGAGAUUGACUUUUUUAUUCCUUUUUACUAUGUGUUGCUCAAAUGCCUCCCUGCCUCCUACUACUCUCACUUCAUUGCACUGAUACAGUCCCCUCAUCUCUGGGUUCCUCACAGUGUCUGCAUGAAAAAAAAAAAAAAAAAAAAAAAAUAUCUGUUGGUGUUUUGUAUCUCUACCAUUUGGUAUCUAAUCACCUGCCCCCCUAGCACAUAUGUGGCUGCCUACUGAUCAGUUUUUUAAGGAAGCUAUUAUAGUAUGCAAAAGCCCCUGAAAUAUGAAAGGGAAAAAGAAAAAGAAUGUUUAAAUGUUUUCCUUUUUUUUUUAAAUGUAAGAGGCAAAAAGCAUUUGUCCUGGAAUGGAAUGAGAUAAAGGCUUUGGUGAAAAAAUUUUGUGGCAUGUCUUCUGUCCUGAAAAAUGGUGCACUCAGUAAUUUUUUUCCUCAUUAAAAAAGUUUAACUCCUAAAGACAUGAAUUGCAAUUCUGCAAUAUAUGUAGGAAAUAAUAACCACUCACAUCAAAAUUAAGACUCCAGACAUACCAGUAACCUUAUAAAAGCUGUUUUAUUCUACAUGGAGAGGGUCCGC